GGAUACAUUGACAAUACUAUUGUGGUCAACAACUCGGGAAUCUUUGAAAAUCAGGAAUUUUUAAUUUGCAUUUCAAAUGCGUUUUAUUUUCAUUAGCUGGUUUCCGAUCCGUGGAAGGGUUUUUGGUCCCGCACCAACAAUAAGUUUCUUAUAACAGCUGACUUGAGACAUAGCAGAGCAACUGCAUUUUCUCCUCAUUAGCUGAUUUGAAGAGCAAAUGCAUUUUCUUCACAAAAAAAUCUGAAAUCGCCAAUAACAGAUAUCACAUAAACUCGUAAAAAUACUGACUAAAAUAUGGAAACUUUUUAUGGACUUUCCUCUGUUUCUUUCUGUCGCUGAAGUAAUGCCAGCGCAGGAGCUCUACAAAGCCGAAAUAUGGUAAUUUUGGUCGACUAUGCUUGCACUAGGAGUAUUUCAAAAAAUUGGAAGCUUGAUUGUAAGUACUUGCGGGCACCUACAACUACCACAACAAGGCGAAGCAAUGGAAGAGUGGAAGUGCUGGAGAAGAUCGAGAACGCCAUUGGGAAGAAGCACGCCAAGUGGGAAUACGCUCUCUAUAUGAAAAUCCUGACGGACGGCUCCUCGCAAAGAAAAGCCACUAGUUUUGCGGUCUCCGAAGAGCUCUCCACGGCAGCUAAAGCUGCAACAGCAGAACAUCCCCACUCCCAAUCCGACUCCCCCUCCCUCAAGGCCCAUUUUGGCAUAUAGGGAAUCGAAUCUGGGCAGCAUGCGUCGAAUGUUUAAAGUACUACUUACAUUAAUAAAAAGACAUUGAACAUACUAA